AUGGAGACCGCUAUGGUGCCACGCCGGUGUCGAAGGUUUCUCUGCUCCGUUGGCGACAUCAUGACAGAGCAAAUCAUUUUCACGAAUGGAACCAACGCGGUUGGAAGAAUUUGCGUCUCCCUUCUUCCACUUAGCACUGGCUGUCAGCAGUUUAGCGUCUCGCCAGCGGUGUUGGAGAUAGGACCCAAGGCCUCGAGUGCGUUCCACGUCACCUUCAAUGCACGUUAUGCGGGGGCAGUAGCAGGGAUUUUCCAGUUUAGAGGAGUGGGUGUGGAGUCGCUGUUCCACCCAUACGAGGUCGUCAUCGAAGCAAGUCUCCAAGCUAGCACAUCUGUCGACCAAGUGGAAAUUCGCCCCACGUUUAUUCGGUUUGAUCGUGUUCGCAGUAAAAGCGCCGAAAGGAUUACCACGAAGGCCAAGCUGCGGUUGUCAAACAACACAGCCCAGAUAUUGCCAUUCAAAGUUCGUACUACAGAGAAUCUACAGGUGCGUCCAGCUACAGGGAUGAUUCAACCGGCAUCUGAAGUCAUUGUAUCGGUGAUGCCGAUAUCCCAACCCAUUUAUAUGCGAGAGGUGAGUGUUGUGGUUGAUCGACGAGUAAGCCGGAUGUUACCACCGUUUGAUGCGAUCGCUCGAUCUCGACACCAGCUCUCUGCACAGACAGAUUCCUUUUACUACACCAAGCGCGGAAAGCGGAGAGGCUUGUACUUCCACGCCAGAGCUGUCGAGUUUGGAAACUGCCCUGUUGGCGAGUCACACGAAGCACCUGUGUAUGUUUGCAAUGGCUCGAACGAACCCAUGACGGUCUUCUUGCAAGAUCUGCAGGAACCCUUCUCGUGUGCGUACUCCACGACAACCAUUGAGCCUCGGAAGUUUAUUCCGGUGAUGGUGACAUUUAUCCCCAAGGUGGUAGGUAAAGUUGCCACGUCGCUAUUCGCCUACUCAGCUACAGAUAAGGCAGUUGUUACGCUCGUAGCUCGAGGAAUUCAAUGA